CCGGUCUGCCUCGCAGUCGUUCGCUCGGUUCGCUCAGGAACGCGUCCCGACACUUUCGAACGCUUCGAAUUUGUGCGUUGUCGACGGCCGCAAAAACAAGGGAUCAGAAGACAGCGAGGGAACGCUUUCCUCCACCCGCACACCAUGGGCGACGCGGAGAGCGGAGAGCUCGGUGUGCCGACGACGCAAAAGCCGUCGAAGAAGCCGCCGCGAUCGACGGCGCCCGUCGUGGUGCCCAAGAACCCGUACGACGUGCAGCGCCUGAAGCUCGAGCGGCUCAUGGAGCACCCCGAGCGUCCCGUCAUCAUCCCGGAGCCCGCCAGGCCGCGGGCGCCGCACGAGGCGCCAGAGUUCGUGCGCAACGUGAUGGGCUCGAGCGCGGGCGCCGGCUCGGGGGAGUUUCACGUGUACCGUCACCUGCGUCGCAAGGAGUACGCGCGCCAGAAGUACAUCGACCAACGCGCCCACGAGGACCAGCUCGACGUGGAUUUCCGCGAGCGCGUCGAGCGCAACCGCCGCGAAGCCGAGGAGCGAACGGCCAAGAAACGGGCCAAGCGGCAGCGCAGGAAGCAGAAGCUCAAAGAGCGCCGGACAUCGGGCAAGACAUCCGCCGGCAGCGGUGGGCAGGGGGGCGAGGACGACAGUUCGUCUGAAGAAGACGAGGAGGAUGACGCAACGAAAGGGUCAGAGGCAACAAGCGCCGCAAGCGAGGAGCAAGCAAGCAAGCAAAGCUCUACAGAAGACGCAACGCUCUCUACUGCUGAGCCGACGGAGAACUACGCAGCAGCGGAUGUCCCCGUGUGCGACCCAGACGAGGUGACCCAGACGACGGGCAAAGAGGCUGCCGGCAGCGGUGAGCAAGCGGGCAAGACCGACAGUUCGUCUGAAAAACAGGAGGAAAGUGGCCAGACGUCGAAAGCGGCCACAACAACGACGCUUCCAAGUGCUGAGCCUACGGAAAACGCCGCAGCAGCGGAUGACCCCGCGCGCGACGCCAAUGACGAAGCGACAGCCGACAACGACGAGCGCGCAGUGAAAAUUGAACCGGCUACCGGCGAUGCCGACCAAACGGUGGACUAAGUGCGGAUGUUAACAGUCGACGCAUUGUAAAACCUGCACUCGGGCAGCAAAUGGCCCCUUCGUCGAACCCUGUCGACCAGCAGAGACCGAAAUGAAACGGCAUCCCAAAGCCAAGGCUUUGGGACCACACGGGAAAACGCCCCCGCCUGACUAAAGUAAUUGUGACAAACUAUGGUGACUGCGUCAGACUUCCCGAAAAAGUUGUCUUCAGUGCCACACACUCUCCCGUGUAACGGUUUGCAAGUGUAAGUGGUGCGUGUGGAGUUUUUUUUUCGUUGUGUGCGUAGCAAACACACGUCUGUUAAAAAAAAACUUUUUGUUAUAAAGUUGAUGCAGCUGUGUGUUAGCUGCUGUUGCAACCAAC